CCCUGAUCAGAGGACCAGGGGCACGAAAGUCCGGUACGAACUCGGGCCGAAACGACGAGGCGGUGCGUUGCCUUCCGCCGUUCGGAAGUGAACACUCGUGGGAAACUUACUUUGCACUUACGGCUUGAACAGACGCAAACACUACCCGUUGCUGUGCUGCGGAAAUGACGGGAUCUUCUCACGCCUGCCACGUGGUUCGAGCGCACGUAGCAAGCAACAAUCGGAGGCCUAUUCGGGUGGGUGAAAAGGUUCCUCGGCUGAAGACCUAACUGAAGGUAGAUGCCUAAACACUUCGUCGACGGUGGGAGCCAGUUCGGCUGCUGGUUUUGCGCCAGCGAGCAUGUACCCCUGCGUACAAUCGGCCAAUCCGGAAAUCGAAUACGACUGUGACGUGUACCUAUACAUCCGACCUCUGUCUUAUUCGGAAUACUGCGACUCAAUGCCGACAGCCUUGUCUCCGCCUCCGACCUUAUCUUCAUCAUCUGAGGGGACGGAAGAUACGCAGUUGAUGGACCUUGAUUUUCUCAAGCACUGGCAAGCCGUGUUCGUCUUCAAGAGCAACGCCUCACACGCGGAGAGCAGCCGCAAUGGUGUCGUCAUGCUCGAAGCCGGAAAGGCCGGUGGAUACUUGGAGGGCGAAGGAUUUGUGACGUCAAUGGAAGUGCUCGAGAUGGAAAAUCCUCGGAAGGUCUUUCUACGGAGCACCCGCUUCUCCCUGAAGACGCUGAUGAACGCUCUGAGUGCAAUGAACGCAUCGAGAUCAGCUUACUGUUUAGUGUGGAACAACUGCCAGGAGUGGAUCACUGGACUCAUGCGACGUCUGAACGUGGCCGUGAGGCGGACGCGUUUCAGCAAGGUUGCCAACGCGAUGAUUGCGGUGGCCAGUCUCUGCCUCUUAGCCUACGUCGUCUACUUAUCGUAUUGCGCAGGAUCGUCUUACCGGUGGGAACAGAGAGACGGCGAACCGUGGGUGCCGCAAAAUGCAGGAUGAAGUGUGAAUUCCAUGUGUACGAGAUGUGUCCUAGAAGCACAUUUCACUGCGUUAAUGUGUGCCUUGUAGAUGUACAUAGUACGCUGGCGUAAGAAAAAAAAUCUGCGAAGAGAGUACAGAUCGUAUGACAGUGGAAGAGGUGAUGACGUCGAAUAAUCAUGGUUGUCAGAGCGGAGAGUUCUCAGACGUCAGAGAGGAGAGUCAGAGAGUUCUCAGAUGUGAGAGUGGAGCCUGGCAUCUUCACCACAAACGGAACCGUCACAAGGUAAAAUGUGAUAACGAAACAGCGACAUAAAGUGCCAUGUAGUGGAUACGAAAGUCAUUACGAAUUGAAACCUACGUGCCGAUGCACAUAAUCGUACUAAGUAACUGGCGAGAUAUCAUGAACGAGUUCUUCUGUGUUCCUCGACUCACUUCGCCGCGGCUUGACUGAACAAGCCGUCUUACCAGCAGGCCUUGGCGUAGAAGGACAAUCAUAUUGUGCGUGUCUUUGUGCUUGUUACAAAGAUGACUUUAGAACAACAUUUAGGUCGUUUCGGGACGCACUGUUGUGAUUAGUAGAAAUUAGAAUCUUUGAUGCUUGUGAAAACCUCC